CACGUAAUAGGUUUUGGAGAACGAGGAGGGUUUAGGUCGUCUCCUUCAGUUAAACAAAAUUGCAGAGAAAACCCUAGAAAUCUAAAAGCCCAGAAAUCUCUCUCCGAUGGUGGCACCGCCGCCCAAGUACGUGAGCUCGGUAGGCGAUCUGAAGCGCCGCGAGUUGCAGAAGAAGAAAGCCAAGUCGGGAGGGUUCGAGUCUCUCAACCUAAGCCCCAAUGUCUUCAAAGCAAUCAAGCGCAAGGGCUACAAAGUCCCCACACCCAUUCAGCGCAAGACCAUGCCCCUUAUUCUCUCCGGAAACGACGUCGUCGCCAUGGCCCGAACCGGUUCCGGCAAAACGGCGGCGUUUCUCAUCCCCAUGCUCGAGCGUUUGAAGGAGCACGUCCCCCAGGGCGGUGUUAGGGCUCUCAUUCUCUCCCCCACUAGAGACUUGGCUCUUCAGACCCUCAAGUUUACCACAGAGCUCGCCAAUUUCAUGGAUCUUCGGAUUAGUUUACUAGUUGGUGGUGAUAGCAUGGAAAGUCAGUUUGAGGAGCUGGCUCAAAACCCGGAUAUUAUAAUUGCAACCCCUGGCAGGCUGAUUCACCAUUUAACUGAGAUCGAUGAGAUGUCGCUUCGCUCUGUGGAGUAUGUUGUUUUUGAUGAGGCCGAUUGUCUCUUUGGCAUGGGUUUCGCUGAGCAAUUGCAUAAGAUUCUUGCGCAGCUGAGUGAUAACCGUCAGACCUUGCUCUUUAGUGCAACAUUACCUAGCGCGCUCGCAGAGUUUGCGAAGGCUGGUCUGCAGGACCCUCGCCUUGUGCGGCUUGAUUUGGAUACUAAGAUUAGCCCCGACUUGAAGCUUAUGUUUUUCACCCUGCGACAGGAGGAGAAGCAUGCGGCAAUACUUUAUUUGGUAAGGGAGCAUAUUCGUUCCGAUGAGCAGACGUUGAUAUUUGUAUCCACUAAGCAUCAUGUGGAGUUCCUGAAUAUCUUGUUUAGAGAAGAGGGCAUUGUGCCUUCUGUGUGUUAUGGUGACAUGGAUCACGAUGCUCGGAAAAUUCAUAUAUCAAAGUUUAAGCACAGAAAGACUAUGUUGUUAAUUGUCACUGAUGUUGCAGCCAGGGGAAUUGAUAUUCCGUUGCUUGACAAUGUUAUCAAUUGGGAUUUUCCCCCAAAGCCUAAACUUUUUGUCCAUAGAGUAGGUCGAGCUGCAAGGGCUGGUCGGACUGGGACUGCGUUCUCUCUUGUGACAUCUGAAGACAUACCUAACCUUUUAGAUCUUCAUCUGUUUCUUUCAAAACCGAUUAGGCCGGCACCUACCGAGGAGGAGGUUUUACAGGAUAUGGAUGGAGUAAUGUCCAAGAUUGAUCAAGCAGUUGCAAAUGGAGAAAGUAUAUAUGGGCGUUUCCCCCAAACAGCUAUUGAUCUGGUUUCAGACAGGGUUAGAGAGAUAAUUGAUUCUUCUUCAGAACUCAGCCUUUUGCUGAAAACUUGCGCAAAUGCAUUUCGCUUGUAUUCAAAGACAAAGCCCUCCCCUUCAAGGGAAUCUAUUAAAAGAGCAAAAGAUUUACCUCGGGAAGGGUUGCAUCCGAUAUUUAAAAACACACUUGAGGGUGGAGAGUUGAAGGCAUUGGCAUUUUCUGAACGGUUGAAGACAUUCAGGCCUGAGCAGACCAUUCUAGAAGCUGAAGGAAAAGCUGCUAAAUCAAAGAAUGUGAAGGGUCCUUCUCGUCAGUGGGUUGAUGUAAUGAAGAAAAAAAGAGCUAUUCAUGAAGGGAUAAUUAGUUUAGUGCAUCAGCAAAAUCAGGAACGUUCCAAUAAUCAUGCUGAAGAGGAAGAUGAAUCUGAGAUUAUUCCCUUAAAGAAAAAGAGAAAGAAAGAAUCUUCCGGUUCUAAAAGUAAGGCAACGAGCUUCAAGGAUGAGGAUUACUUUAUAAGUUCCAUACCCACAAAUCAUUUCUGUGGUUUUCGGAUCACAAAUAUUGGAACCUGGCUGACCUUUUGGACUUAUCCUACUAUUGUUGUCCAGCAUAUGGAAGCGGGACUCUCAGUGAGAGGGAAUGAGAACUUUGACUCUAAUAGGUUGGAAGCUGCUGUUCUAGAUCUAGUUGCAGAUGAUAAUGUGGGCAUGAAGAAACAGAAAUCUGUAUUUCAUUGGGAUAAGAGUGGGAAAAAGUACAUAAAGCUAACUUCACGCGACCGAGUGACUGCUAGUGGCAAGGUAAAGACAGAGAGUGGUGCCAAAGGAAAACUUGAGAAAACUGGAAUAUACAAUAAGUGGAAAGCACGUUCACACAAUAAAGUAUCUUUCAAAGGCACUGACGAAGGGAAUGCUGAGGAAGCCACAGGCAACCGGAGAUGGGAGGGGAACAGGGGGAACCCACGGGGAGGCAGGAAGCAGCAGUCUAUUCCUAAUGCUCAUGUGCGUUCUGAAAUCAAAGACUUGGAUCAAGUUCGGAAGGAGAGGCAGAAAAAGGCAGAUAGAAUCUCUCAUUUGAAGAGCAAAUCUACAAAGGGGGGUAAAAAAUUUGGUAAAAAUGGAAAAAGAGGAAAGGCAAAGAGGUAAAGAAUUGCCUAUUACAGCUCUUGUAAAAACACUAGAUGAAGGGAUGAAUGUUUCCAUCUUAUCGCCAAGAAAGAGAGAAAAAAGGAUAGGAGUAUUUGCUAUUGUUACCAAAUCACUGUACUCGAUUGUUCAACCAAUUUUGUACUUCUCAAAAGACGGAUGCUGUAGUGAAUUUUGUCUAGUAAGAGAGGUUUUUGUUAUUUACUUUUCA